AUGGAGGCCAAUUUAACAGUGUUGUAUUCCGUGCUCCUGAACUGUUCUUCAUUGAUUGCGUUCUUCCCUCCGGAUUUUCGACCGAAUGCGUUGGAGGUUCGUCAUUACAAAAAAGAAGAAGUAAGGGUUCGAGAGCACAGCUAUAUGUUGAGUUCGAAUGGAUCGGCUAUGGAGUAGGUUUUGUUCGCCGUAAAGACGAAUGUGUGCGAUUGUGUCGCGGUAAAAUAAAAUAGCUUUUCAAUUCAACGAUGCGAUCGGCGCACGGCAACCCAAAAUAUUUUGAACAAAAAUGUCUCCCGCCCACUUCUGAAUUUCGUCCAAACAAAGUGUCAAAAUUCACAAAAGAAAUAAGGCAAUUCCGAGAAAAAUAUUUUUCUGUCGGAAAAACACAUGAAAAAUUCAUUUUUGACAUUUCGUUUAAAUUCAACCGAUACUAGGUGGACGAAGUGCCGAAAGGAGGUGGGAGACUCCCUGGGUUGCCGCGCGGCGCCGCGACAUUGCGCUCACUAUUUUCCCGGGCUUUUCAAGAUUUUUUCUCUCUUUUUAGCGAUGAACUGUACGAGAUCCACGAUGGCAACUUCACUGGCACUCUCAAAUCGAAUAUCUGGACCUAUCCGGACGGAUCAAUUGUCGUGACAUGCUUCGGAUGGUCUAAAUUUCCCAAUAAUGAGUUUAUGUCGCUUUUGCGGGCAUAUGACAACCUUCUUACGCCUUUGUGUAAGCACUGUAAUCUUUCGGCCAUUCUCUCGUUCCAGGUUCCUAUGGGCCAUGGUUGGCAGAAGCAUAUUAUUUCGGCUCUUACAUGUGGCUAUACCGCACCAGCCGCGCGAAUCCUGGGGUCGAGGUAACGCGCAUAUGUGAGGAUAAAGAGGAUAAUGUCGUCCUACCGGACGGAUACAAAGACCUUACCUUCCGCUCGGACAUAAACUACGUCUUUUUUGAAGAUAAUGGCAAAUGCAGACAAGCCAAGAACACGGCGGAAUCAGUCGUCAAAAAUGAGACGACCGAUGUUACUCUGAAAUUUGAGGAUUGCAGUGUGCUUCCAUUUGAGGUUUAUGAGAGAGAUGGCAUGCAGGAAACCGUCUACUUUUCGUUGGUAAGGCACUUAUUGCUGCCUCAACAGAGGGAGUGCUUUGCCCAUUCUCGACCUAAUUUUGAUCGUUUCUGCUAGCAAGGGGAGUACACGUCCCGACUUUUCGGGUUGACGACAGUUCAGAUCAGCGCAAAGUCGAUCGAUCAAUAUAGGGCGUAGGUCAGGUGAAUCCACCAAAAAAGGUUGUAGGAAGUGCCUACGAGGCCUGGCAGAGCCGUUGGAUAGUCGGCGGAUGCUCGGCGAAGGCUUGGCGGAGACUUGCAAUAUGUCCACUUUUUCUAAUUUUACCUAUUAAUGGAUAGCCUAACACCUAUUUGGAGGUAUUUUACAUGUACUCACAUCAAUAAUAUCUAGAAAAAGGUUACGGAUCUUCUUUUUUUGCCGCAAAUUUAGUCUUUUAUACGUUAUACUAUUAGGUUUAGAAGUAUGACUCCGCCGUUUUUUUCUGCUGAUUGUUUUGAUCAUAGCAAAAAAUUUUUACCUUAAACCUCAUCCAAUUUUAUAUUCUACUAUUAAUUACGAGGUGUUUCCGUAAUUUGGUCAACUUUUCAAUCCACCAAAAAAAUUUUUUGGCUGUUUUGAAGCCAUCCAAAUAUCAACCUAAUUUUUGGCAUCAUUGUGUUUAGCGAAGCGCUGCUGCCUCAGGUCGUGUGUUAUCGGUGGAAAUAAGUGCUUAUCUGAAAGCUCGUUGUCAGUAGAGUAUAGCGGGUGAGGCAGGACCUCCCAUCCUAGCUGUUCUGGGGUGUCCUUGACCAGUUUAUCAACAUGGGUUAUAGCGUGAUCAUGCAGCAAAAUAAAAAUUGGUCAUUCCGCCCGCUUUAGUCAUAGCUCUCCGUUCAAUUGCAUCGGCCAUUGUUGUCAACGGAGGCCAGUAACCGUUUUACCGAGUUUCAAGAGCUUACAGUGAAGAACAACUUGUUUAUGUCAUCAUAUACAGCGCAAUGCUUUCUUACCGGUAAUGUUAGACUAUGCGGUCGCAUGCGCUUCGGGUUCUCAAAGUCGCUGGGUUUUUUGUCUGUGGCCAUAAAACGAUGCAAAAAUAGCUUUCUUUUGGUCUGCCUAUCAAAAUUUCGCAAGUUCUCUAUAUUGUUGUAGGUCAUUCCAUAAGACACCCAAGUCCGUUCUCUCUGGAUCUUUUCAAUUCGUUGCAAACUGAGUGAAACUCCUUACUGUGGCACUUUGAGCACCACGGCCAACUUUUUUUGUGUAUGGGCAUCGUUUUGUACCAUCUUCAAUUUUUUUAGAUGGGUUUGAAAAUCACAGGGCUAGAACCGUUAAACCCAUUCCCCACGGAUUUUUUCUCACUAAGCACAACUAACGUAAGCCUCUCUAAGCAAUUGAUGCAUUAAAAACGUUUUCCCUCGCGUUACACGUGCAGGGUAAAAUUUCCCGCAAAUGACGAUUUUCCAGAGACGAAGUUGGUCAUCUUUGAAGCUUCAUAAAAACCGCUAUGUCAAGCCCUACUAUACAAAGCAUACAUCAGUAGAUAGCGUUUUGAAAGCUCUUUCAGAGGAUCUCAAAAGAAAUUUUUAAACCUUACUGCAACCUGUAAAAAAAUGCAAAACAAAAAAAACGGCGGAGUCAUACUUCUAGACCUAAUAACUCAGGGUAAAGAAACCUAGCGUUAGAAAUAGCCAAAGUUAGAAAUAGUGGGCAUAUUGCAAGUCUUCGCCGAGCCUCCGCCGACCAUCCAACGGCUUUGCCAGGCAUCGUAGGCACUUCCUACAACCUUCUUUGGUGUAUGCACCUGCCCUGCGCCCCGUAUCGAUCGAUUUUGUGCUGAUCGGAACUGUCGUCAACCCGAAAGUCGGGACGAUCAGAGAGCAUUUUCCUCUCUGUUCGUUUUCCGAACUUUGUGCUCUAUCUCGCCGAAUGCCUCGACGUUCUUUCCAAAUCUGAGCCUAUUUCUUGUCAUUCAGAACUUCCCAGCUACAAACAGUUUUUUCCAGAAACACCUCCUUCGUACUACUCAAUGUUCGUUGGACAACCAAGAACUUGACCCAGACAAUAUUCACAUCAAAUUUAUCCACAAUGGAGCUCCCCCUACAACGACCACAACUACAGUUACAAGUGCAACAUCUCCAUCAAAACCGCAAACAACAGCCGCAUCUACAGUUACGAGUGAGACAUCCCCAACAAAACCUCAACCAACUGUAGCCCCUCAGCCGGGCCCAUGCAACUUUAACUUUAUCUUCUGCGGAUUCAAGGGAGCUUUCGCUUUUGUCUUGAAUUUCUGCGGCUUCUGA